AUGCAGGCUGGCGACAUGGCUGUUAAAGGAAGCAGUGAUGAACUCGCAAUGGAGAUGCAGCUCAGGGAAGAGAAGACUUACCAGACUGCCGAUGAAAGCAAACGGGAAAUCACCGUUGCUCUGAAAAUUUGGAAACAGACUCUGGAAGCAGAGAAUAAGAGGCUUAACGAAGUGCUACCAGUAGUGCAGCGGAGAUAUGAUGAAUUGGUGAAGCAAAGGGACGCACUAGUAGAAAAAGUAAAUAAAUUGAGAGAAUCUAUCGGAAUGGCGGCCUACGUUACGGAGGAAGAGCUGAAAGCUUUGGAUGCUGACGUCAAAACUGCGAAUUCCUUCUCUAUGGAGUCUUUCAGUCAAAAUUCGGAAACAUCAAGUUGUACUUCGUUACCUUCCCUACACGUUGAAGAUCAUUGCGGAUGA